GGAAGGAUACAUGCACAAUGAGGAACUUACUGCUCUAACAUAAAUGUACGCCACGCGAAUUCAGUUGAUCACCAUGGCUGCUAAUAGUCCCAGUGCAAACAUGUUUGAUGGGAGUUUUAGAUCACUGGACUCACCUGAUAGUGAUUUCUCCAACCACCUAGUUAACUUUGAGCUUUCUGAUAUUCUCGAGAUAGACAAUUGGCCCGUUCAAGAAGAUCCAACGUCGUUCGUACCCCAGUACUCAAAUUAUGCAGCAAACCAAGUGGUUACCACCAGGAGUUAUCAUGAGGAACCUAGCAACAACAUAGGCAGCAGCAGCGAGAGGAAUGAAGUAAAGGACAAGGUUGCUUUCAGAACACUGUCACAGAUUGAAAUAUUAGAUGACGGCUACAAGUGGAGGAAGUAUGGAAAGAAGAUGGUGAAAAAUAGUCCAAACCCGAGGAAUUACUAUAGGUGCUCUGUGGAAGGUUGUCCAGUGAAGAAGAGAGUUGAACGAGACAAAGAGGACUCUCGGUAUGUCAUAACCACCUACGAGGGUGUCCACAACCAUCAAGGUCCAUCCCAGUUCUGAUUCCUGUAACAGAGCUCGAGUUUGAAAGUUACUAUGAGUGUUGCACAGUUGCUAAAUCAGGGUUCCACCAGUAAAUUUGGAUCCCUUAAACUGUUUCCGGUGUUUAGACCUGAUAGCCUUGCGAGUUCAUAAUCUAACGUUGUGAGGUCAGACUGAGGCGUCUCUCUGUAACUUAAAAGUAAUCGAUUAGAACAGUUUGUGCCCUUCAGUAGGCACAUGUAGUCUUAUCCUGCUUCCAACAGGAUUUAUCUAUGCUAUAGCAUUACCAACUGA